UAAGACUAAGUAAUCGUAAUUAUAUCAGACUGAAAUUGCCAUCGGUGUCUUUGUGAGUUUCAAUGUCGGAAUCUCCUUUCCUGUAAGUGCCAGCUUAGAUCAGAGAUCAGACUGUCGUCGAUCAAACUACAUUUUACCUCUCUUUAAUUUGUUAGUCGACUUUCUGCACACAUUUUGACAAUGGAUUUUCACUCGAGAGCUGGCAAAGCGUCAAGUUAGGACGAGAACGGAGCUGAGGUCGCGCCGUUAGCUAGUAAGCUACAGUGACGCUGCAAAACUGAGCCGAGAGACGGGCGAGGCGAGGAAUGCGAAGAACGCUUCGUUCGAAGCGGUCUGGCAUGUCGGAAACAGAGUCGAACAACGAUCCUAGAGUAGCCAUGUAUUCCCGACAAGGCAUUGAUGUUUUCCCAUUUGACGACAUAAUUGAGCACAAGGAGAGGCUAGCAAUCAUCGACGUCAGUAGGAAUAAUAUAGCCACUAUUCCUGCAAGCAUAAAUAAUUUUGUGAACAUAAUCGAGCUGGACUUGAGCACGAACAGAAUUGUAAAACUGCCAGACGAGUUGUUACAAUUAAAACAUUUGCGAAUCCUCACAUGCAAAAACAAUCAUUUGAACGGUGACUCUUUGCCCAAAGACUUUGGAUCAUGUCCAGCAUUACAAACUCUCAAUUUUAGUGGCAAUUUGUUUCUAAACUUCCCAGUGCAGUUGACUGAAAUAUCUUCGUUACGGGUCCUUCACAUGGGCGGUAACCGAAUGAGAGAUAUUCCACCAGAAAUUGAAAAGCUAGUUAGAUUAGAGCAUCUGUAUCUGGGUGGUAACCAUCUUGUCACUCUUCCACCAAAUGUUGGUAACCUUCAAAAACUACUCUCCCUGGUGCUCUGUGACAACCGUCUUGCAUCUCUCCCAGCUGAACUGGUCCAACUCAAGCAGCUACGAUCCUUGAGUCUUCAUAACAAUCACCUGACAAUCCUUCCCCCAGAGAUCAUCACACUCACGGAGCUGUGUGAGCUCAGCUUGAGGGGUAACCCACUGGUUGUUCGCUUUGUUCGUGAUCUGACAUGGAACCCACCUACCCUGCUGGAGUUAGCAGCACGCUGUGUGAAGAACAACCAAGUUCAUUACACCAAAGAGGACCUGCCUGGAGAGGUGAUGUUGUACUUGGAUUCUGCUAGGCAUUGUCUGAAUCCAAAAUGCUAUGGUGUCUAUUUCAAUGCCCGCGUCCAGCACGUCAAGUUUGUGGAUUUCUGUGGCAAGUAUCGUCUUCCUCUAAUGCAGUACCUAUGCUCACCGGAGUGCUCGCCUGCUAGUCGUAGGAGCAGCUCAGAGUCAUGUAGCAGCAGUGAAGACGCUGACUCAGAGGAUGAGGUCCAGGUUCCACGUAACAAACUCAAGAAAGUUCUACUUGGCUAGAUCCUGGGCUUGGGCAUGUGACGGUGAGGUCCAGGUUCCACGUAACAAACUCAAGAAAGUUCUACUUGGCUAGAUCCUGGGCUUGGGCAUGUGACGGUGAGGUCCAGGUUCCACGUAACAAACUCAAGAAAGUUCUACUUGGCUAGAUCCUGGGCUUGGGCACGUGACGGUGAGGUCCAGGUUCCACGUAACAAACUCAAGAAAGUUCUACUUGGCUAGAUCCUGGGCUUGGGCAUGUGACGGUGAGGUCCAGGUUCCACGUAACAAACUCAAGAAAGUUCUACUUGGCUAGAUCCUGGGCUUGGGCACGUGACGGUGAGGUCCAGGUUCCACGUAACAAAC